AUGCACCUCUCCAGUCCUAUGCCCAACGGAAUGCCAGACUCGAACCUUAUGGGCGUGCAACACGCAUAUGCGCCAGGGUAUACACCAAUGAUGCCUAUGCAGGGCGCCCCGAGCGCCCCGAUGCCCAUGACGCACAUGCUCCCUGGCCAGGCACCGAUGGGUUGGAGCCCGGCGGUGCCGUACAUGAUGCCCAUGCACUCUGUGCCAGUGGGCUAUAUGCCGCAGUAUAGCGCGCCGUAUGCGUCCAGCGUGCCUGACUACUCGACUAUGGGAUCGCGCAUGCCCGCAGCGCAGUCUGGCAUGAUGGUGCCUGUGGGGCGUACCGUGUACGUGGGCAACCUCCCCGCGGAGGCGGCCGUCGACGAGCUGCUGAGCCUCGUCAAGUUUGGGCCGAUUGAGAAUGUGCGUCUCUUGCCCGAAAAGAACUGCGCCUUUAUCUCGUUCCUGAGCGGACAAGUGGCCGCCGCGUUCCACGCAGACUCGAGCGUAAAGCACGUUUCGCUCCACGGUCAGGAGCUUAAAAUCGGAUGGGGGAAGCCAUCGGUGCCGCCGCCAGCGGUGGUCAUGGCCGUCCAGCAACAUGGCGCAUCACGCAAUGUUUACAUUGGCCAGCUGGACGAGAACACCACGGAACAGGACCUCCGCAACGACCUCGGGCGCUUUGGGCCCAUCGACCAGGUCAAGAUUGUGCGCGACCAGUCGAUUGCAUUUGUGCACUUUCUCUCGAUUCAGACAGCAAUGAAGGCAGUGGCAAUCUUGCCCACGGAGCCUGCAUGGAGCGGAAAGCGCAUCAACUACGGCAAGGAUCGGUGCGCCUACGUCCCGAAAGGUCAGCAGCAGAUUCAGGCACACAACCACCAGGCAGCCGCCAUGGGCCUCGCUGCUGCAACAUGGCUUGGUUACCCGACAGGGUACAUGAACUACGGCACCAACCCGCCGCGCCGCAACUCAGCCGACUCUGGGGACGCGCAGUAUCACCAGUUUGGCAACCGCACCGUGUACCUCGGAAACCUGCACCAAGACACGACCACGGAAGAUAUUUGCAAUCACGUCCGCGGAGGCAUUCUCCAAAAUAUCCGGUACAUGCCCGAUCGUCAUAUUGCAUUUGUGACAUUCAUCGACGCAAACGCCGCGCUGGCGUUUUACCAUAUGGCGUCCGUGUCCGGUAUCACCAUUCACAGUCGCAGGCUCAAGGUGGGCUGGGGCAAACCCUCUGGCUCGCUCAGUCCCGCCAUGGCACUCGCCGUGCAGAGCGGCGCAUCGCGCAACGUGUACAUGGGCAACAUUGACGACCCCGAACUGAUGAACGAGGACAAGAUACGCGCGGAUCUGUCCGAGUAUGGCGAGCUGGAAAUGGUGAACGCGCUACGCGAAAGGAACUGUGGACUCAAGUAUCAUAAAGACUAUCAGUCCAUGAAAAUCAGCUUUGGCAAGGACCGCUGCGGCAACCCCCCUCGGUUCCUUGGCAAGAUGCCCAUGGCCUGGAGCGGCAACGUCUCCGCGUCACGGCCACACAGCCCGCCGGACUCCUCGCGUGGGUCCGGCGAGCACAGCGUGGACGAUAUGGAGGGCACCCCCAUCGCUGACACUCAAGAUGCAAGCAGCACAAGUUAA